AUGAAUGAUGAAACAACAGAUAUUAGUUGUCACGAACAAGUUUCAUCAGUAAUACGAUAUGUUGAUGAUAAACUUAAUGUAUUUGAGAAAUUUGUUGGCUUUGAACGCACGGCUUCUAUGACAGGAGAAGCAUUGUGUGCAUUAUUGAUUAAAUGGUUAAGUAAACUUGAUUUAAAAUUAGAAAAUUUGGUUGGUCAAUGCUAUGAUGGUGGCAGUAACAUGAGAGGAGAGUAUCAAGGAGUAUCAGCUCGCUUGAGACAAGUAGCUUCUUUAGGUAUAUACGUACAUUGUAAUGGUCACAUAUUGAAUUUAUGUUUAAUCGACGUAUCAGCUCGUGUACCAUCAGUUAGAAAUAAUUUUGGUGUUGUUUCAUCACUUUAUAAUUUGAUUGAAGGUUCAGCUAAACGUCAACAAGUUUUCGAAAAUAUUCAAAAGGAAGCCGGUUUACAAGCAUUAACAGUCAAACAAUUAUGUGAAACCCGUUGGACGUGUCGUUUCGAAUGUUUGAAAGUGAUUUUACUUCGUUUUAAUGAAAUUGUAACAACUUUAGAAGUUACGGCAAUUUCUGAUGGAUUUCUUCUUCUUAAUUCAUUACAAUCCUUUGAUUUUAUAAUUCAUUUAUUUAUUAUGAGUGAGAUAUAUCUUUUAACAAAUGUGCUUUCAAAAUCUUUACACUACUCAAAUAUUUCAUUGACAGAUGCACUUGUUCAAGUGAAAAUAACGGUUGAUACUUUAAAAUCAUUACGAAAUGAACCUGAAUUUGAACGAUUCUAUAGUGAAGCAAUGAAACUGUGUGAUUCUAAUGAUAUUGUGCCUCCUAAAGAAAUUCGCAAGAAAAAAGUUCCUGCUCGUUUUGGUGGUGGUGUUGAUGCACCAGCUGCCUUAAAUGUAAAAGAUCAUUAUCGAAUCAACAUUUAUUAUACUAUUUUAGAUACGAUCAUCCCGGCAAUUAAUGGAAAAUUCGAUGAAAAUGUUCUUGAUAUUGUUAUUUUAAUGGAGAAGCUCUUUUUAAAUAAAGAAUUGUUAAAUGAUAAUGAAAUUCAAGAAUUAUCACAACAUUAUUCAAUUAGUUAUGAUGAUUUAAAAGUGGAACAACGACUUUACAAGACUAAGAUGAACGAUCAAAAGAUGAAUUUAUCUCAAGCAACUAAAUUCAUUCUGGAGAAUAAUUUCCACAUAGCAUUUUAA